GCACGUGUUAAGUUUGUACAAUGUAAGCAGCUUCGCUCCUCACAUGGCAAAGCAAGUCGCCUAGGAAAAGGAAAAACGGAAAAUAUUUAACCAAUUAAACAUUUCCCUUUGGCCCGUUUUGCCAGCCCAGUUCAGUCAGCUCGUGCCCCACACCCUCCUCUCUGUCUGUGUGUACGUGUGCGUUGCGUAAGAGUAACAUGAGUGUGCUGCUUACCUACGAAAAAAUAAUUCUGUGCCCGAGGCAAAACGUGAGAGCGGCAAAUCAGGUCUAUACAUAUUUCUACGUACCUCUUGCAAACAAGGUUAUUUUUUUUACUCGUCCCUUUUGGGUCAACGGAAAAAUGGGCUCCUUUGAGGAGGCGGCUCACUAUGAGAGGAAGGACACCCGUUAUCGCAUCAUAAGAAAUGCCAUAAAAUUAUUUCUUUUAAAAAAGUAUUCGCAAAAUUGGAGUGCAUCCCCCCCCCGUUGGAAGAGUGUUGAGUGUCUCGGGCAGACCAACCCGUCUUACCUGACCUCUGCCCAGGGGGGCAGCAGAGAUUCAAAUGAUGAAGCAACACAGGUGGGGCAAAGCACUCCUGCUAAACAGACAAAUGUCAUCACUUCAAAUGGUGAGCCACAGUUAGACGAAACGGAGAAUAUACCAACAGAUGCAGAGCCACACUUGCUUGACAGGCACCCCCUCGCCAUCCACCAGUGGAAUAAGAAGAUGGUGAAGAUGAGCAAAGGGAAACCCCCCCACUAUGACAUAGACCCAUCCGCCAAAACGAAAAAGAUUCAAAUCUACUACAACUGCGAAAUGACCGACCUGGAGAGAAAAAUUUGUAAAAUUAAAAAAUUCCUGCGAAAUGGAAAUCCCGUGGACAUUCUUUUAAUCUGUGACGGCAGGGCCACCCAAAAGGGGGGAGAAAAAGAAAAAAAAAAGAGCAAAACAAAUGGGGAGAGUCCUUCCGAAGGUGGACCCGCUUCAACAUGCAAAGAGAAAAAUAUUUUUACCAACUCUGCUUUGCCGCUGCAGCCAAGUGAGGCGACGUAUUCCCCACACGUGAACGUCCGAGUGAAUUUCCUGAUGAGGCACUUGGCCAAAAUUGCUGCCGUGGAGGAAACGUUUGGGCAUGUCCAAAAAGGCAGGCGCGUUCAUCUCAUCAAACUCUUUCCGAGGUGA